CUUGGCCUUGAGCAAGCCCGGCCUAGCCCCUGCUGGGGUGGGUGGGUGAAGCACGAGGCUGAGGAAGGAGAAGAGGGCAAUUGGGGUAGUGCAGGGGAUUGCAAUUUUUUUUUCUUUUUAAGAGAGGAGGGGUAGAGGCCAUGGCUGUGCCAGCUAAGAAGAGGAAGAUGAACUUCUCCGAGCGGGAGGUGGAGAUCAUCGUGGAGGAGUUGGAGCUGAAGAAGCACCUGCUGGUGAACCACUUCAACGCUGGGGUCCCCCUGGCUGCCAAGAGCGCAGCCUGGCACAGCAUCCUGCGCAGGGUCAAUGCCGUGGCCACCUGCCGCAGGGAGCUACCUGAGGUCAAGAAGAAGUGGUCAGACCUCAAGACCGAGGUCCGACGCAAGGUUGCCCAGGUCCGGGCCGCCGUGGAGGGCGGCGAGGCCCCGGGGCCCACUGAGGACGAUGGCGCUGGUGGGCCCGGGACAGGCGGUGGCACUGGGGGCAGUGGCCCAGCAGUAGCUCCGGUGCUGCUGACCCCCAUGCAGCAGCGAAUCUGCAACCUGCUGGGCGAGGCCACCAUCAUCAGCCUGCCCAGCACCACCGAGAUCCACCCCGUGGCCCUCGGACCCACGGCCACUGCAGCCGCGGCCACGGUCACCCUGACACAGAUCCCGGCGGAGACCACCUACCACACGCUGGAGGAGGGGGUGGUGGAGUACUGCACAGCUGAGGCUCCUCCACCCAUGGCGGCCGAAGCCCCGGUGGACAUGAUGGCACAGCACGCGGAGGCCACGGUCAAGCCGCAGGCCCUCAAGAGCCGCAUAGCCCUCAACUCGGCCAAGCUGAUCCAGGAGCAGCGGGUCACCAACCUACACGUGAGGGAGAUCGCCCAGCACCUGGAGCAGCAGAACGACCUACUGCAGAUGAUCCGCCGCUCACAGGAGCUCCAGGCCUGUGCCCAGGAACGUCAGGCCCAGGCCAUGGAGGGCACGCAGGCGGCCCUCAGCGUCCUCAUCCAGGUCCUGCGGCCCAUGGUCAAAGACUUCCGCCGCUAUCUGCAGAGCCACACACCCAACCAGGCCCCCACCUCUGACCCUGCACGGGUCGCCCAGAAUGGACAGCCGGACGGCGUCAUCCAGUGAGGGCAGGAACCCCUGGCCCCGCCCCCGGGCCAGCCCUCUGCUGUGAUUGGAUGAAACCUCUGUGGUCUUGUGAUUGGCGGUCCAGGUAGACCGAUCCCUCUUGUCUUUGCUAGACGCUUUGGGUUGCUGUUUCUGGAAUGUGCGAAGGAGACCGGGAAGAGGAAGUUGUUGGGCCCUGGUUCCCAGUGCUUGAGCCACCUCGUUAAGAUCCGGAGGGUGUUGAGGCUGGGUGGGGGUGGGGUCACGUCUAUUGUGCAGGGGUUGUGACACGGGUUGUCACAAGCCAGGUUGUGGAGUGCAGGCCUCCCUGGAGUCCCUGCCCUGGGUCGCCCCACCCCAGGUGCCCGCCCUGUGGGUACAGUCCCGUGGUGCUAUCAGACAGGCAAUAAUGUCUUCCUCCCCGGGGUGUCGGGGGAAGCGGUGGCCUGUGCCUCAGUUCUCAGGAGCACCCAGCUCCUGCUGUGCCCUCCUCCCACACCACCCUUGGCAGGGCCCAACCGCCACUCAGUGCCCCACUGCAGCCAGCCCGGCUAGACUGAAGGCUGCUGUAUGGGGGGGGGGGGUGGUGUUUGGUCAUUCUCUGGUCUUCCACAGUGUCUGGGCAGCCCCUGAGGGGGUGUGCCCCCAGAGCUGCCACCUCAGAUGGAGCUUUGGGUGCUUGCGGCGUCAGAGGGAGCAAGCCAGAGUGGGCUGCUGCUGCCGGCUGCGGUAGGCCCCAGGUGACCACGGGUUCUCUUCGGAAGGCUUGCUGCAAGCUGCUCCUGUUUCUUCUGGGACAAGCGGCUGUGUGCCCAGGCAGUGUGUGCCCGUUCCAUUGGCACACUUCCCAUUCAUGGCCCACUUGGACCUCCCCCACCAGGUUGUCCCACUGGUGUGCAGUUUUGUGGUAGGUGUCUUGGUCAUACAUGACCCACAGCUCUGGGUCUCCACUGCCCUUCUGGGGAUACAUGUUGGAACCUCUGUGCUGCACUGUCAGUUACUGGGGGGUGGCCCUAAAGACGGCUGGGAGGGGCGUCACCUACAGCCCGGUGAGAAGGAGGAGGUCUCAGCCCCGUGAGGGUGGGUGGCGAAAGGGAAGACCUUGGAGUGGCAGGUGCUAAGAGGAGCCUGGGCACCCUUGCUCCGCCAAACUUGAUGGUGCCAACAGGGAUUUGAUGA